AGCACCGGGUGACCAGUGCUGUCUGCUGGUGACUGUCGAGGCGGGCGUAUUAGUGUCUCCAGAUUAUUUUGAGCAACAGAACCCGUCCGCCCUCGCCGCCGGCUGCUGCCCCCCCCGCCUCAGCCACGCCUCUCACGCCACAUCCCGAGAAGUUCACAUCUCUAACUACAAGUCUGAGGAAGUGAGGACAAUGCAGCCCUUCCGUGGAUCCCCCGGGGUGGUGACAGGUUUGGGAGACGGCAUGGCUCUUCUUGGAGGGCAUCCAGCGCCCGUCAGUCCCCCCUGCAGCCCACCAGCUCCUAGCGUUACGCCCCCGUCGCCCACCCCCAGCACACCUCCAUCACCCACCCCAGCAUCGUUCGCUCCUGACAACAACACCAGUGUCAAGAAAGAACUCAGAUCAGAGAGUCCCGCACCCCGCCUUCCCCCCGCACCGCCAGCAGACACCCUCUCCAGCACGGGGUUGCCUCAGCAGUCCCCUUCAGCAGCCGAGAUGAAGGACGGGUCGUCAUGCCCCACAGCACAGUCCGCAACAGACCCCAGGCGCUACAGGACAGCCUUCACUAGGGAACAGAUUGGCCGCCUAGAAAAAGAAUUUCUGAAAGAGAAUUACAUCAGCCGACCACGGCGAUGUGAGCUGGCGAGGGAACUGAGCCUUCCCGAGGCCACCAUCAAGGUGUGGUUCCAGAAUCGCCGAAUGAAGGACAAGCGGCAGCGCCUGGCCUUGGCCUGGCCCUACGCUGACCCCGCCCUGGCGGCCUACCUUCUACACGCCGCCGCUGCCACGGGAGCCUAUCCGCCUUACCUACCGCCGACGCUGGGGCACGCCGCUCCCUGGGCCGCCGCAGCAGCCGCUCAAUUAGGAACACCUGCAUUCAGUCCACACGGCCACCAGCCGUCUGCUGGCCGCUUCACGCCCUACCCGCGUCUGCAUCCCCCCAUCCUCUCGCCGCCCUACACAAGGCCGUCAGAAAUUCCAAUCCUUGGGCCUCCUCUUGCCAUCAGCCACCUGUCGUCUUGUCCCGUCCGCGACUCCGUCAAGGUUGGAGGUGACGGAUGCUUCUGUGGCUUCCUUUAUCCGGAGCUGACACACGCCCUGACGCCCUCACUGGUCGGCUCCACUGCACCUCCUUGUAAUGCCAGCAACCCCGUCCCCGUCCAGCUCCGGAGUGAUGCCUCGGGUCACCAUAGUCCUCUGGGGCGUCCGGCAGCACCCUCAGCCAGGGAAAGUCUCGGGUCACCAUCACAAAAGACCCCACGCGGUCUUUUCCAGCCAUACCGUGAUGACCUUGUCUCUUGAAGUCACACCAAAGAAUUAGUUGGGACUCCUCUGUUAAGAUUUCCAGUGGUGUGGCUUCCUCCACGUACGAGGUGACCUUCCUAAUGACCACUGCCCCGCGGCACAGCGUCGCCUCGCACCUUAGGGACCGCGGACCCGCAUGGACCAUCCCACCCUAGUCUGUAAGCACUGUGUUACUCCUGUACAGAUAAUGUUAAUAAAUAUAUUUUCAG